AUGAUAGCUGCGGACGCUCAGCAGCGCAGCGACUCUCCCUCCCAUGUGGUGUCUGUCGCUGCUGCUCAUGGCACUUCUCAUCUCCUUGAAGGGGCUGAAGGCUUCCGUUUAGGAGAUGACCUGGAUCAUACACAGGUUGUGCACAUCGCCUGUCACUGUUGCAACACCACAAACGCCUUAAUUUGCAGUAAGACGCCGGACGGCGCUUGGCUGCUGCGCCGAGCACCUGCAGUACCUGUUGCUGCUGCUGGCAAUGUUGAGUACCAAGGUAACUCUAGCUCGUUAAACACAGGAGGGGAUAUAGGAGAGGGACCUAGCGGGACCACGGAUGUUGACACCAGGGCCACGGAUUCCGAAAAGGAGCGGGAGCAGGAGGGUUGUAUCAGAGUGACCGUACACCCGGCACUAGACAGUAGUAACCAAGAAGUGUGUUCCACAGUGAGUGAAAAGGAGGGCAGUGGAGGUGGCUGUUCACAAAAGAACCAGGCAGGGACUUCACCUCGCUUUGCAAUUCAGCAAGCAGCUCCGGUACCAGCUGUGGCGGCUGUGGCAGCCGUGGCAAUAGCAGCACCGGAACCGAAGAGGGAUGCAACUAAGGCCGACCGUGGCUUGCGACCUUUGGCGAGAAAUUCCAAUUCCUCCACGUGCUCCUCGUGGGAGGGAGGAGACACAGGGGCGGGAGAUGAGCUCGCCAGUCCUCUGGGAGCUCCGGCUGCAAUCCAGACUGCGCCGAUUCAUGAGUUCAAACAACCUCCGGUUUUAGACCGAGAGCAACAGACAGAGCAGGGCCAACUGCGUGAGCCGGAGAGGCAACAGACUUCGGAGCAGCUGCUCCCGCAGCAACAUCCGAGUGUAGCAAGGAGUUCUAGCAACAGCAGCCUCAAGAGUCAACAGAUCCACGACGGCGAUGUCGUGCGGGCUAGUGUCUCCAAAGAGAUGGGACACCAUCAACGAAGCAGCAGCAACAGCCCCAUUGGGAAGAAGGCUUACAGUGACGGGGAAACCUCUAGAGUCUGCCCGAAGCUGGCAACUAUCAAGGAACUCCAGAAACCCAUGAAAAAGCAGCCACCACACCUGGAAACAGAGCCCCAAGAAACUGUGGAAGGAAUGAGACAAUGCAGCCCUGCUUGCAAGAAAAGUGCCACGAACGAUAGCAUGAAUAACAGUUGCAGUAGCAACGACAGCAAGAAGGCACAACAGGACUCCGCCAUUGCGGCGAUGGCCCCAUACAUGUUGACGCGUGAGUGUGAGGGUGAUGGAAAUUGCCUCUACCGUGCGUUUUCUGACCAGGUCUAUGGAACCCAGGAACAUCAUUUGUUCUUGCGAAGGCUUGCUGUUGAUGUAAUGGUAAGGCACAUCCGACAGAGGCAGCAUGAUGAGUGGGCGGACUACAGGGAAAUGCAUGCAUUAUUGUUGUUGUUCGGCACCCCAGUCUUUGUUUUCGACGAACACCUUCAUUUGUUGCAGACCUUCGAGCCAGAUGCAGAGAAGAGGAGGCUUCCAAGCAAGGAGGGCGAGUCCCUUACUCCCUUCCGACUGAUGUGGCACGGCAAAUUGGGGCACUACACUUCCCUCCAUUACGUGAAGGAAGGCUUCCCGAUAGCUCGCGGUCUUACGAUUGGCAAGCUGGAGGCUGAGGGCUUAGCAAGACUGGUUCUGUCCGCUUCUUCAGGGUUUUCUAACUGCUCGACAGCAGACGUUGCACCCAAAGCAUCGCGCAAGGAGCCCAGUGGAACCCCUGCGGGUCUUGAAGAGGAGGCCCUAGCGAAAUGCCUACAGGUAAGCGCACAGGAACUGGCGGGAAUUGCAGCUGAACAGGAGUGCAUUCUUGCCGCCAUAAAGCAGCAGCGCCUGCAGCAGUUGCUGCCGCAGACAACCAAGAUCGUGAACGAACUCUGGAACGAAGCAAAGAAAGAGCAGGAGGCCUGGACCACCCGCGUUGCUCAGGGUGUACGGGGUUCUCCAUUGGUGGCCCCUGCGAGCGACCCAUCGUUUCACCACAGCAUGCCUGGAAGAACCAUGGAGAGACGACUACCUCCAACGGCAAACGCAGCAUCUGCUGGGACAGCAGAAGGCGGCACUGCCAACUUUCAGACAUACUACUCGUCUGGCAGAGCCUACCCUGAGCCCCUUCCAGCGGUCGUAGGAUCUCCCAUAGGUGUUCCCAGCGGAAAGAACGGGAGCCCCACUGGUAGGGACUUGAGGCAGAUGGGGGGCACUGCAGGGCUCUGGCGUGAAGAUCGCCCUGGCCAAACUGCCAGGUACGAAAGGCCACCACAACAAAUGCGGCAGGAGCAGCUGAAUGUGAGGCAGCAAGGUACUCCUGCGGCAUCGCCGCCUAUAGUGUGCCACAGCCAGGGGCCGUCAGGACCCGUUCUUAUCUCAUCACCAGUAGGCCCUGCCCUCGUCACCACCUCAGCUCGAGGGUUGCCGGCGACUACAACGCCUAGAAGCUUUGCAUAUACCCAUCAGUUCGCACCUCACAACGAGUUUCUUGAACAGCAGCGGCACUGUGUUCGAUUGGCAGACGGCCGCCUUGUCGCGCUGGCCCCAAGUGGGGCUUUGGGACCCGUUCGGCAUGUCACUCUCCAACAGCAGCGUUACACCGGCCACACUCCGCAGCACGUGCUUCCCGCAAGAGCAAUUGCUGUAAACGGCCCGCGACAAAGCACAAACAGCAGCAGCACUACCCAAACGGACGACAGUGCCCCGUGGUUCGUGAGGUGGAUGGGCAGUGGCAACAAUAGUCAGGGGAGGUGA